UCUGAUUGCAAACGAGGCUAAAUACAAACCACAUUGUAACAAAAUCCUUAUUGUCGGACAGUUGUCACACGAGUGAAAUCUGAGCAUGGGUGAGGAAAAGAUUCUGUGUAUCGGUUUAGUGUGUCUGGAUAUCAUCAACGUGGUGGAUAACUAUCCGGAGGAGGACACUGACAGCAGGUGUUUGUCCCAAAGAUGGCAGCGGGGUGGCAAUGCCUCCAACUCGUGCACAGUCAUCUCACUGUUGGGGGCGCCUUGUGCUUUCAUGGGGUCGCUGGCACCAGGGCGGGUUGCAGAUUUCAUAGUGGAUGAUUUCAUGAGGCGUGGUGUGGACGUGUCUGCAUUGGCGUGGCAGAGUGAAGGGGUUACGCCCUGUGCUUGCUGCAUCGUAUGCACCAGCAGUGGUUCUCGCACGGUGGUCCUCUCUGACACGAACCUGCCUGAUGUAACAGCAGAUGAUUUUCAGAAGGUGGAUUUGUCCCAGUACAAGUGGAUCCAUUGGGAGGGCAGGAAUGCCGGGGAGCAGGUGAAGAUGAUAAAGCGAGUGCAGGAGUAUAACUUGACCAUACCUACAGAUAAAAUAAUCACCAUCUCCGUGGAGAUUGAGAAAACCAGGGAUGAGCUCUACCAGCUAUUCGAGCAUGCAGACGUGGGACCAGUACAAUGGGACUGCAUCACUCACUACUAUAGAAGCUUCUAUCACUCCGAGGGACAACAUGAGAUCCAGUUCUGGACACAGUCUCUCUGGUAUACCAUUUCUGUCUCACAGGUGUUUGUCAGUAAGGAUGUGGCCAGAAAUUUUGGGUACAACUCAGCUGCUGAAGCUCUGAGGGGUCUGUACAGUCGAGUGAGAAAGGGGGCGUCCCUGAUCUGUGCCUGGGCUGAGAAGGGGGCUGAUGGAAUGGGUCCUGAGGGGAUAGUGGUCCAUUCAGAUGCCUUUCCCCCUGAGGCCAUUGUGGAUACUUUGGGGGCUGGUGAUACCUUCAACGCUUCAGUUAUUUUCGCUUUGUCUAAUGGAAAGAAUCUGCAGGAAGCACUGGCAUUUGGUUGCCAGACUGCUGGAAGGAAAUGUGGCAUACAAGGGUAUGAUGGGAUUGUUGUCAGUGGAUGACAGGAGGGAAAGGGAACUCCACAAUCUAGCUAAACUAGAAGCCGCCAGAACAAUAAAUGACUUCACAGCAAAAUCUGCUAAGACACUCUUAAAAUAAUAUAUAGUGGAUGAUAAUAACUUUGGGAACAGAUUGACUAAAGUGGGUCUUGGUGUACUAGUUGAUUUAACAAUUCACAGUUUGAGGACCUGGAUCUUUACAAAGUGUGGCAUAGGUUCAAAUUCCUAAAAUCAAAAAAUAAAAUAAAAUGUGUUUUGAUGACUAGAACAA